ACAGGUGGACGAGGGACGAGAAGAGGAGAGGUGGAAAUGGGAGCUGUUGCGAACAGCUAUUGUGCUCCUCCAUCUCCGUGUCAUCCCUGCUAUCAUCACCGCCUCAGCCUCCGCCACCGCGCCAAUCAACCAUGGGCAGUUCCCCCCGCCUUCGUCCGCCUCAGACUCGGUCUCGUUCGCCCGACUGCCCGCCUCUCCCCCCUUGUCUGCGCCACCGGCGACGGCGCCGCCGCAGAAUCCAAGCCGAGCUCCUCGUCCGCCUCGCCUCCGGAUAUUACUUUUGAUAUAAAGCUUCCCAGGAGAAAUUUGCUUGUAGAAUUCACAUGUGACUUGUGUGGAGAAAGAACAAAGCGCCUCAUAAACAGAGUGGCUUAUGAAAAAGGAACUAUAUUUUUACAGUGUGCAGGAUGUCAAGUGUAUCACAAGUUUGUCGACAACCUGGGCCUUGUGGUUGAGUAUGAUCUGCGAGAGGAAACGGAUGCAGAUUCUGAUGUUACCCAAGCAGAGAUGGCUUGAUGCUUCAGGUUCUAAAAGUCCAAGAAAAUUACAGAGAAAAGGCCACCCUCUUAGUCACUAGAACUCAAUCGAGCAUGGGCAAAGGAACAAACUGUUCAUUGACUUCUGGCUGUCUCAUUUUCUGGUCUGUUUAUUCAAAAUACUUGGCAUGAUCAACAAACAAAUUCAAGGUCAGCUUGUUCCUCUGGAAAUAGUAUGAUCAACAAACAAAUUUUUGUACA